GAGAGUGUCAAACUGGAUUGGAACAGCCUAGCGUCACGACGUGAUCGUGUUUAUAACUUUAAAAUUGUGUAAAAAAAUAAAAAUGGAUUUAAAGGCCGUUGUUGUUGUCGGCGAGGCACCGGAAUCUGACGACGAAUCUGUCAACGUGACAACGGGACUCGGAUUCCAGCCAAAACGAACUCGGAAUCCGUGUGGAACGAUUAUUCCAGGGGAAGCGCCAGAGUCCGACGAUGAUGGAACUACCAGCUUGAGUAGCAUAAGCGGAGCUGUUGAGGCGACUGUUUGCCCUCCUUAUUCGGAGGCCAGAGUUCAUAAAUCGAAUAGACAUACCUACAAGUACAACAGUCUGCUUCACAAAAAACUGAGAGAUUGUCACCAGAUGCUGGACAAGGAUUUGACUGAGACCUGUGAAUCCGUUAUCGGUAAAAAUAUUCAGGAGUUGACAUCCGCGAAUAGACAACUGCUACGGAGUGAACUGACACUGCAAGAAGCCGCUAGCCAGCUAAGGGAGGCUUCUAUUCGUUCAAAGAAUGUCGCGAAUGCGCUUCUCGAUGUUACAGAAGCAAAUUUUUUACAUAGUAUCAAAAUCUGAGCAGUUUCUGCGAU